AUUUACGUCACGCAACGUCACCAGGAAGUCCUCUGAAACCAAGGCGGCAUCAUGGCAGAAUACACAGACCCACUCGGAGUUGCUGAAGACAUGCCUGAACUUUCUGACGGUGAUGACGAUGACAUUGAUGACGACGAAAGGCAAUGGCAGUGGAUGGAGGAGGAGGACAGUCAGCCGGUUACCUGUCUGUUCUGUGACAGGUUGCUAAAUUCUGUAGCUGAGACUUUGCAGCACUGUACAGCUGAGCACCAGGUCAACCUUGUAGACGUAAUAAGAAAACACAAUCUAGAUGACUAUGGCUACAUAAAAAUGAUCAACUUCAUACGGUCAAAAAAAUGUGAUGCAUCCUGUCUGACGGGGCUACCAGAUGUUCCCUUACCGUGGGAGAGUGAAGACUUCCUGCGGCCAGUCCUACAGGAUGACCCACUGCUACAAGCAGACCCUGAGGAGCUCUGUGGCAUUGAGGGGCCGUGCUCGUCAACAUGCCACUCAUCCACGGCUGAGUCCCAGGAUGCACUGCUGCACAGGGCACAGGCCGCAGAGGAGAGAGCUCGCAGUUCAGAGGAGGCGCUGGCCAGAGCCAUGGAUGACCUACAUAAACUCAAGCUGCUUGCUCAGGAUCUGGUGCUGAACGUAGACACCAGCCGGUGUGGUAACCUGGGCGCCGUGGCCGAGCUCCGGGAGGACGAGGACGAGGCCUACUUCAGCUCCUACGGCCAUUACAGCAUACACGAGGAGAUGCUGAAGGAUAAAGUGCGCACGGAGAGCUACCGGGACUUCAUGUACCGCAACCCUGAAGUGUUCAAAGACAAGGUCGUGCUCGAUGUGGGCUGCGGUACCGGCAUACUGUCGAUGUUUGCCGCAAGAGCCGGGGCCAAAAAGGUUAUAGCGGUCGAUCAAUCAGAAAUCAUCUACCAGGCCAUGGACAUAGUCAGGUCGAACCAGCUCGAGGACAAGAUCACUCUAAUAAAAGGCCGCAUAGAAGACAUCAAGCUUCCUGUGGAGAAGGUGGACAUCAUCAUCUCGGAAUGGAUGGGUUACUUCUUGCUGUUUGAAUCCAUGUUUGACUCCGUUCUGUAUGCAAGAGACCUCUACUUGGCUGACGGUGGCUCAGUCUACCCAGAUCUUUGUAACAUCAGCUUGGCGGCUUUGGGAGAUACGCAGAAGCACCGAGACCACAUUGCAUUCUGGGACGAUGUGUAUGGCUUCAACAUGGCGUGCAUGAAGAAGGCUGUGGUGCCCGAAGCUCUGGUGGAAGUGGUGAAAGCAGAGACACUCGUUUCUGAACCUACAGUCAUACAGACACUUGACUGCAACUCACUGUGUCUGUCUGAGCUGGAGUUUGCCUCAGAUUUCUGCUUGAAGAUCACAAACACAGCGGACUGCACGGCAAUUGUCGGCUACUUUGACAUUUUCUUUGACAAAGGCUGCAGCAACAAGGUGAUGUUCUCCACGGGUCCCCAGGUCACAAAGACACACUGGAAACAGACCGUCUUCCUCCUUGAGAAGCCCGUCUCUGUCCAAGCAGGAGAUGAGCUCAAGGGGAAGAUCACUGUACGUAAAAACAAGAAGGAUCCUCGCUCACUGUUGGUCACCUUUGACUUCGGAGACAGGAAGCAGACUUACAGCCUGCAAUAACGUCAGCCUCCAUGUGAUACAUCCAGCAAAUGUGUCCAGUUUUUUAGUAGCAAUUCAUGUACAACCGCAACAUGUGUAAUAAAAAAAAGUUUGACAUUU